AAUAAUGAGAUUCGUGGUCUGUUUUCUUUCUCUGCUCACUCUGUUCAGCGCAGGGCAAUGUGGGAAUAUAUUAGUCUGGUAUACUGAGGGCAGCCACUGGAUUAAUCUGAAGAUUGUGUUGGACACUUUAUUUGACAGGGGACACAAUGUUACCGUGCUGAUACCUGAUGGUGCUUUAUUUAUGAAAGCCAAAGAAUCAGAUCGCUUCUCCUACCAGCACUUCAGUGUGUCCACAUCUGCACAGGACAUGCAAGAUUUCUUUGAUGAACUUUUACAUUUCUCAUUGUUUGAGUUGGAGAAUUCAAACUUGCUUCAGAUUCAAAUGAAAUUUUUUGACCUUGUUGUCAGACAUCAAGAUAUGAGUCUGUCAUACUGUGACGGCAUUCUGAAAUCUCCAGAGUUGAUGGACAAAUUGAAGAAAGGAAAGUUUGACGUUCUUCUGUCAGAUCCAAUGUACCCGUGUAGUGAUAUUGUGGCUGAAGAGCUGAACGUUCCCUUAGUUUACACAUUCAGAUUCUCCCUUGCUCAUACAGCAGAGCGCAUGUGUGGUCAGAUACCAGCUCCACCGUCAUAUGUUCCUGGAGCCACAAGUAAACUCACAGACAAGAUGAGCUUUACCGAGCGAAUCUUCAAUAUGCUCUUCUACCUUUCUCUAGACACUUUUUAUAGACUCAUUUGGAAAAGAUUUGACAACUAUUACACUGAAUAUCUUGAUGGCAGCCACUGGAUUAAUCUGAAGAUCGUGUUGGACACUUUAUUGGACAGGGGACACAAUGUUACAGUGCUGAUGCCUGAUGGCGCUCUCUUUAUGAAAGCCAAAGAAUCAGAUCGAUUUUCUUACCAGCACUUCAGUGUGUCCACAUCUGCACAGGACAUGCAAGAUUUCUUAGAUGAACUUCUGCAUUUCUCAGUGUUUGAGAUGGAGCAAUUAAACUUGCUGCAGAUUCAAAUGAAAUUCUUCGACCUUGGUUCCAGACAUCAAGAUAUGGGUUUGUCAUACUGUGACGGCAUUCUGAAAUCUCCCGAGUUGAUGGACAAAUUGAAGAAAGGAAAGUUUGAUGUUCUUCUGUCAGAUCCAAUGUACCCGUGUAGUGAUAUUGUGGCUGAAGUUCUGAACGUCCCCUUGGUUUUUACCUUGAGAUUCUCCCUUGCUCACACUAUGGAGCGCAUGUGUGGACAGAUACCUGCUCCACCAUCAUAUGUUCCUGGAGCCAUGAGUAAACUCACAGACACGAUGAGCUUUACUGAGCGAAUCUUCAAUACACUAUUCUACCUUUCUAUGGACACUUUUUCCAUUAUUGCUUGGAAAAAAUUUGAUCACUAUUACACUGAAUAUUUUGGACGGCCAACUUCCUAUUGUGAGAUGAUGGGUAAAGCUGAUAUCUGGUUAAUCAGAACCUACUGGGAUUUUGAGUUUCCACGGCCAUUCGUGCCCAACUUCAAAUAUAUUGGAGGGCUUCACUGCACCCCUGCCAAGCCAUUACCCAAGGACAUGGAAGAGUUUGCGCAGAGCUCAGGGGAUGAUGGGAUUGUGGUCUUCACACUGGGAUCUAUGAUAGACAAAGUGCCCAAAGAGAUGAGCAAUAGAAUCGCCUCUGCACUGGCACAGAUACCACAGAAAGUCUUGUGGCGAUACGGUGGAGAGAAACCAGAUACUCUUGGUGAAAACACUAGAAUCUAUAAGUGGAUGCCUCAGAAUGAUUUAUUGGGUCAUCCCAAAACCAGAGCGUUUAUCACUCACGGAGGCACUAAUGGCAUAUAUGAGGCCAUAUAUCAUGGUGUCCCGAUGGUCGGGAUCCCCUUGUUUGGUGACCAGCCUGAUAAUUUGGUUCAUAUGACCACCAGAGGUGCUGCUGUUGUAGUAGACAGCAUCAAGAGCAUGCAGCCACAAGAACUGGUGGACAAAAUCAAUACAGUCAUUAAUGACCCUUCGUAUAAAGAGAACGCAAUGCGUUUGUCCAGGAUUCAUCACGACAGACCAAUGAAGCCUUUAGAUGAGUCUGUGUUCUGGAUUGAGUUCGUCAUGCGCAAUAAAGGUGCAAAACACCUGCGUGUGGAGGCCCACAACCUGACCUGGUAUCAGUACCACUGUCUGGAUGUGUUCGCUUUUCUGACCACUGUCCUGACUCUAGUCCUCUACAUCUGCUUUAAAAUGGCCAAAUUCUUCAUCAUGCGCUGCUGCUUUAGAUCAAAGAGUAAAAGCAAAAAAGAGUGAUUUGGACUGAUACAAAUAUUGGUGCGGUUAAUAUAAAUAUACCUUUCUAGAAGUUACAUGUUUGUACCUAAAGGGUUCAUGAUGGUACCUCAACACUUUUGUAUUUUAGGUACUAAUAGGUAAACUAAUAAGCACUUUUAACGUAACACUCCACUUAAAAACAUAGGCUUGUUUUGCAGCUCCCCUAGACUUAAACGCUUUAGUUUUACCAUUUUUGAAUCCAUUCAGCCAAUCUCUGGAUCUGGCAGGAGCACUUUUAGCUUAGCAAACAUCAUUGAAUCUGAUUAGACCAUUAGCAUCUCCUUUAAGAAAUUCAAAAAAGAGUUUUGAUCAUUUUCUUAUUUAAAACGUGACCCUUCUGUGGUUACUAACCAUUUUCAGGUGCUCUGUAAUAUCAUUGAAUUAUGCUUUUACAUGGGACAUGCGAGACUUCCUUUGUGUUUGAACUUGAUGUAAAACUGGCUUAUAAUUUUCCUAGUGCCUUUGAAUCUGCAAUUGUAAGAUGUAUGAACCCAACUUCAAGUGCACUAGAGACUUUUAUCUGGGUUUUUUUUUUGGUUAGUUUAUCGAUGAUUAUGUGAUCAAGUUAAUAAAAGUUUAAUUGUUAAAAUCA